AAUCCAAUCCAAUAUAAUCCAAAUACAAAGAUGGCGGCUUUAGAAAUGGUAGGCUGCAAGCGGUUUUUAGAUACAUUCAAGGAGCUGUAGAUUAGUAAACUACCUAUGGCAGCAUCUUAAUAAACUACAGAAAUAUGCAGACAGAAAUGAGCAACCUUGCCUCCCUCCUUGAUAAAGCGUGCACUGUCAGCGAUGCCAGUAACACCAAAAAUGUCAUCAGAAAGGUGCACCUGCUGCUAGUAAAAGGGCGCGACUUGACUCCUUUAACCGGACGAAUUGUGAAGUUUCUGUCUUCCCAGGACAUACUGGCGAAGAAAGUAGCGUGCCUUUUUAUUUCGAGGCUGAAACAUCCACAAGAUGCCGGCCUACUUGCCAUCAACUCGCUCCUGAAGGACACAAAGGACCCCAACCCACUCUAUCGCGGCCUUGCCUUAAACACCCUGUUCGAUGUUCCAUCCACGAUGGAACAGGGAGUCCCCAGGCUUGUGCCUGCCUUAGAAGACAACAGCGCUUAUGUCCGAAGAGCUGCGGUUUCUUGCUGCGGCAAACUUUCGCGCUUCUAUCCUACCAUUGUUGAUGAGCUUGAUCUAACCGACAAGCUUUACGCAAUGAUCAGGGAUCAAGACCCCAUUGUGGUUGUACAGUGCCUUCAUAUCCUGGACGAAGUGUUGGAGUCGGAAGGUGGCAUUACGGUGAAUAAGAAGAUUGCCUGGUACCUCCUCAAACAGUUGCCAGCCUUUCACAGCUGGGGUGUCAUCGGCGUGCUUGAGUGUUUAAAGAAGUACCAGCCGAAAACGAGUGAAGAGGCUCUAAUGAUUGUGAAUGCCCUUGACGCAUAUUUGACAUCCAAUAAUGUUGCCGUCCAACUAAGUGCCUUCGCUUUAUUCCGACAUACCAUUCGUGGACGGCUUGACCACCUGCUGAGAGAGGCUAUAGGCCAAGUGUGGUCGAAGCUUUCAAUUCAACUGUCCUUCAGUGCGCAGGAGAUGGCAUGGAACAUUUUAGAUUGGGGGGAAGAGUUUUUACUUGACUACCCAGAGGUGUUCAGACCCCGCUACCGUCUUUUUUACUGCCGAUUCUCAGACUCGCCGGCACUGAAGAGAAAGAAAUUGGCCGUUUUACAGAGUCUGGUCGACAAGGAGAAUGUGUCCGAAGCUGCGGACGAGAUCUUGGGUUAUUGCACAGAUCUGGAUCGCGACGUUUGCAGGUGUGCGCUACGAACUCUCGUCAGCCUAGCCAACCAGCAUGAGGUUGCGUGCGAGGUUGUCCGUUCCCGGGUACUCCCCUUGCUCGACGUGUCGGACGAAGUGCUCGUCACGGAAGUGCUGUGCGCACUGUGUGCUUUAAGGUUUGAUAAGAAGAGUGGCUCUUUUCAAGAACGAAUCCUCGAGACAGUAAUGCAAAGGAAGUGGAGCCUGACAAGUGUGGAUGCCAAGUGCGGUGUAAUUGACUUCAUUUCGGAGCAUGGUCAGGAUUUUGCACCGUCGGUGUAUAUCCUAGAAGACUAUGCAGCUAGUAUAGAGGAGGAGGACGAGCCUGUGAAGCAGUCCCUCCUAGGUGCCACCGUAAAAAUGUUCUUUUCGAGACCAUCGGAACUGCAAGACCUUCUUGGCACUGUCCUCACUGCUCUCUGCAAGGACAGUAACCCAUUUGUAAGGGCACAGGCCAAUUGGUACUACGUAGCUUUGCUCCACAAUGUUGCAACAUCCAAACAAAUUGUCCUUGGCUCUUGACAAUUUCUCAGCAGUACCCCAGGCCACUUGUUUAUAUGUGAAAUAAAUUGUAGCAAAUGGCUUUA